ACCACCUCCAUAUCAUGAUUACAGUGCCCUCUCAGGUUGUACCCAGCCGAGACAUCAAUGGAGAGGUGUGGUAGAGUCACCACGGACAACUGUAGCAGCAACAGCAGCAGCAAGGGGAAGGAGCCAUGGAUGAGCUACACCCACACUGCAAAAGGGGGCCCUCUUCCUGGUAGCUUCUUAGCAGGCUUUUCAUGGCCUCCAAGGUCAUACUCUUGUAGCUUUUGCAGCAGGGAAUUCAAGACAGCUCAGGCUCUUGGGGGUCAUAUGAAUGUCCACAGAAGGGAUAAAGCCAGGCUGAGGCAGUCCCCACCUCCGGGACCCCUACCUUUUGACCUUAACCCUAACCCUAGCCCUGGUGGUGAACCUGUUCCUUUUAGCAGUGCUCCUAAUAUUCCUAACCUCAACAUGCCACCACCUUCGAGUUCUUCUGGGGAUAAGAUCUUCCUAGCACCCAAUACGUUGCCUUCCAUGACUUCUCCUCUGACACAUUUCUCUUUCUCAAGAGGUGAUGACUUGAACAAGAUGGAAACGGUGAAGGCCUUGUUUGGGACCGGAGAGGCGAAGGACCUGAUGGAAAAGGACACGGGCAAUGAGUUGCAACAAGGGAGAGAAGUUGUGAGACUCGAGUUGGAGAUAGGUAUUUGUGGAGAUCGCAAGGAUGAACUUGAUUUGGAACUUCGACUUGGAUACACUUAGAUGUGAACGUUAUUUUGCACUUUCGUAGUUCAUCAUCUCGCCCUCUCUCCCCCUACACUAUAUGUCACUUGUUCAUGCAAGAGUAUGUUGUAGAAGAAUGAUGAUCAUGGCACUAUC